CAAUGUAAUCUCGUUGGGCACCAGCAGCAGAACUCUUCUGUUCAAAAUGGUUUAUGGUGAAUUUUUCCGCAGACCUGGCAAAGACGCAGAACUUAUCAAUUUGAAUGUGGGUGGCUUUAAGCAAUCAGUGGAUCAAAGCACCUUGCUCCGAUUUCCCCAUACCAGACUUGGGAAACUUCUGAAAUGCCAUUCAGAAGAGGCUAUUUUAGAACUGUGUGAUGAUUAUAGUGUUGCAGACAAGGAAUAUUACUUUGACAGGAAUCCUUCCUUGUUCCGAUAUGUUCUGAAUUUUUACUAUACGGGCAAACUUCAUGUCAUGGAAGAACUUUGUGUCUUUUCCUUCUGCCAGGAAAUAGAGUACUGGGGGAUAAAUGAGCUGUUUAUUGAUUCUUGCUGCAGCAAUCGGUACCAAGAAAGGAAAGAAGAAGGUCCUGAGAAAGACUGGGAUCAGAAGAGCAAUGACAGAAGUAUAGACUCCUCUAACGAAGAGUCAUCCAUAUUUGAUAAAGAGCUGGAAAAGUUUGACAAUCUGUGUUUUGGUGAAAUAAGAAAGAAGAUCUGGGUCAGAAUGGAAAAUCCUGCAUACUGCUUGUCUGCCAAGUUAAUUGCCGUGUCGUCCCUGAGUGUUGUCCUGGCGUCAAUCGUGGCCAUGUGCAUUCACAGCAUGCCAGAGUUUCAAAGGCUGGAUGCCAAUGACAGGGAGAUUGAAGACCCUGUGCUGGAAGCUGUGGAGAUUACGUGCAUCAUCUGGUUCACUGCUGAGCUAGUGAUCAGGCUCAUCACUGCUCCGAGUCAAAAGAAGUUCUGGAAGAAACCACUGAAUAUCAUUGAUUUUGUCUCUAUUAUCCCAUUUUAUGCCACAUUGGCUGUGGACACGAAGGAAGAAGAAAGUGAAGAUAUUGAAAACAUGGGAAAAGUGGUUCAGAUCCUGCGGUUAAUGAGGAUAUUUCGCAUCCUGAAACUGGCCAGACAUUCUGUAGGACUACGGUCUUUAGGUGCCACAUUGCGACAUAGCUAUCAAGAAGUUGGACUUCUGCUUUUGUUUUUGUCUGUUGGGAUUUCUAUCUUUUCAGUGCUUGUCUACUCAGUGGAGAAAGAUGAUGACUCAUCAGAACUGCACAGCAUCCCUGUUUGCUGGUGGUGGGCAACCAUCAGCAUGACCACUGUUGGUUAUGGGGACACUUACCCAGUCACGCUUGCUGGAAAGCUGCUCGGCACCCUAUGCAUUAUCUGUGGGAUACUAGUGGUAGCACUUCCAAUUACCAUUAUUUUCAAUAAGUUUUCUAAGUACUAUCAAAAACAAAAAGAUAUUGAUCCAGACCAAUGCAACAAUGAUCGCAAAGAGAAGUGUAAUGACCUACCUUAUUUUAACAUUAGGGAUAUUUAUGCAAAAAAGAUGCACUCCUUCAUUUCUAGCCUUUCUUCAGUAGGAAUUGUAGUCAGUGACCAAGAUUCAACAGAUGCCUCCAGCAUCCAAGAUAUGGAGGAAAUUUAUAACACAUCAUCUUUAGAGAAUGGUACAGGAAAAUGA